CCGUGCGACCCAGCCCUACAAAACCCGCCCCGGCCUAGUGGCGAGGCGAGCUUUCCAGCCGGGCUCCCAGAGCCGCGCUGCGCAGGAGACGCGGUGGCCUGAGAGCCUGCGAGUUCCCGGACUCGCCCAGGCUCUGAGCGCGCGCCCACCAUGAGCCCCCGGACGGCCCCCAGGCCGCAGGUGUUCCUGCUGCAGCUCCUGCUGGUGCUCCUGGCGGCGGCGCCCGCAGCCAGCAAGGGCUGUGUCUGUAAAGACAAAGGCCAGUGCUUCUGUGACGGGGCCAAAGGGGAGAAGGGGGAGAAAGGCUUUCCUGGACCCCCCGGUUCUCCUGGCCAGAAAGGAUUCACGGGUCCUGAAGGCUUGCCUGGACCGCAGGGACCCAAGGGCUCUCCAGGACUUCCGGGACUCAUGGGUUCCAAAGGUGCAAGGGGAAUAACUGGAUUGCCAGGAUUUUCCGGUUCUCCUGGACUUCCAGGCACCCCAGGCAAUACUGGGCCUUAUGGACUUGUCGGUGUACCAGGAUGCAAUGGUUCUAAGGGUGAGCAGGGGUUUCCAGGACUCCCAGGGACACUGGGCUACCCAGGGAUCCCGGGUGCUGCUGGUUUGAAAGGACAAAAGGGUGCUCCUGCUAAAGGAGAAGAUAUAGAACUUGAUGCAAAAGGCGACCCCGGGUUGCCAGGGGCUCCAGGACCCCAGGGUUUGCCAGGCCCUCCAGGUUUCCCUGGACCCGUUGGCCCACCUGGUCCCCCGGGAUUCUUUGGCUUUCCAGGAGCCAUGGGACCUAGAGGACCUAAGGGUCACAUGGGUGAAAGAGUGAUAGGACGAAAAGGAGAGCGGGGUGUGAAAGGGUUAACAGGACCCCCGGGACCACCAGGAACAGUUAUUGUGACCCUAACUGGCCCAGAUAACAGAACGGACCUCAAGGGGGAAAAGGGAGACAAGGGAGCAAUGGGUGAGCCUGGACCUCCUGGACCCUCAGGACUGCCUGGAGAAUCAUAUGGAUCUGAAAAGGGUGCUCCUGGAGACCCUGGCCCGCAGGGAAAACCCGGAAAAGACGGUGUUCCUGGCUUCCCUGGAAAUGAGGGAGUCAAGGGUAACAGGGGUUUCCCCGGAUUAACGGGUGAAGAUGGCAUUAAGGGACAGAAGGGGGACAUUGGCUCUCCAGGAUUUCGUGGUCCAAUAGAAUAUUAUGACACAUACCAGGAAAAGGGAGAUGAAGGCAUUCCAGGCCCACCAGGGCCCAAAGGAACUCGUGGCCCACAAGGUCCCAGUGGUCCCCCCGGAGUUCCUGGAAGUCCUGGAUCAUCAAGGCCUGGCCUCAGAGGAGCCCCUGGAUGGCCAGGCUUGAAAGGAACUAAAGGGGAACGAGGCCACCCAGGAAAGGAUGCCCUGGGGACUCCUGGGUCCCCAGGUUGUCCUGGUUCACCAGGCCUUCCAGGAUCACCGGGACCUCCAGGACCACCAGGUGACAUCGUUUUUCGCAAGGGUCCACCUGGAGAUCGCGGACUGCCAGGCUAUCUAGGGUCUCCAGGAAUCCCAGGAGUUGAUGGGCCCAAAGGAGAACCAGGCCUCCUGUGUACACGGUGCCCUUAUAUCCCAGGGCCUCCCGGUCUCCCAGGAUUGCCAGGGUUAUAUGGUGUAAAAGGAAUCCCAGGAAGACAAGGUGCAGCUGGCUUGAAAGGAAGCCCAGGGUCCCCAGGAAAUGCAGGUCUUCCAGGAUUUCCAGGUUUCCCAGGUGCCCAGGGUGACCCAGGACUUAAAGGAGAAAAAGGUGAAACACAUCAGCCUGAGGGGCAAGUGGGUGCCCCAGGGGACCCGGGGCUCAGAGGCCAACCUGGGAGAAAGGGCUUGGAUGGAAUUCCUGGAACUCCGGGAGUGAAAGGAUUACCAGGACCUAAAGGCGAACUGGCUCUGAGUGGUGAGAAGGGGGACCAAGGUCCUCCAGGGGAUCCUGGCUCCCCUGGGUCCCCAGGACCUGCAGGACCAGCUGGACCACCUGGCUACGGACCCCAAGGAGAACCUGGUCCUCAGGGCACGCAAGGAGUUCCUGGAGCCCCUGGACCACCCGGAGAAGCCGGCCCUAGGGGAGAACUCAGUGUUUCAACACCAGUUCCAGGCCCACCAGGACCUCCAGGGCCCCCUGGCCAUCCUGGCCUCCAAGGUCCACCUGGUAUCCCUGGAUCCAUGGGGAAAUGUGGAGAUCCUGGUCUUCCAGGGCCUGAUGGUGAACCAGGAAUUCCAGGAAUUGGAUUUCCUGGGCCUCCUGGACCUAAGGGAGACCAAGGUUUUCCAGGUACAAAAGGAUCACUAGGUUGUCCUGGAAAAAUGGGAGAGCCUGGGUUACCUGGAAAGCCAGGCCUCCCAGGAGCCAAGGGAGAACCAGCAGUAGCCAUGCCUGGAGGACCAGGAACACCAGGUUUUCCAGGAGAAAGAGGCAAUUCUGGGGAACAUGGAGAAAUUGGACUCCCUGGACUUCCAGGUCUCCCUGGAACUCCAGGAAAUGAAGGGCUUGAUGGACCACGAGGAGAUCCAGGGCAGCCUGGACCACCUGGAGAACAAGGACCCCCAGGAAGGUGCAUAGAGGGUCCCAGGGGAGCCCAAGGACUUCCAGGCUUAAAUGGAUUGAAAGGGCAACAAGGCAGAAGAGGUAAAACGGGGCCAAAGGGAGACCCAGGAAUUCCAGGCUUGGAUAGAUCAGGAUUUCCUGGAGAAACUGGAUCACCAGGAAUGCCAGGUCAUCAAGGCGAGAUGGGACCACCGGGUCAAAAAGGAUAUCCAGGAAAUCCGGGAAUUUUAGGGCCACCAGGUGAAGAUGGAGUGGUUGGGAUGAUGGGCUUUCCUGGAGCCAUUGGCCCUCUGGGGCCCCCUGGGAACCCAGGCACGCCAGGGCACAGGGGGAGCCCUGGAAUUCCAGGAGUAAAGGGCCGGAGAGGAACCCCAGGAGCCAAGGGAGAACAAGGGGAUAAAGGAAAUCCCGGGCCUUCUCAGAUAUCCCACGUAAUAGGGGACAAAGGAGAACCAGGUCUCAAAGGAUUCGCAGGAAAUCCAGGUGAGAAAGGAAACAGAGGUGUUCCAGGGAUGCCAGGUUUAAAAGGCCUCAAAGGACUACCUGGACCAGCAGGACCACCAGGCCCCAGAGGAGAUUUGGGCAGCAUUGGGAAUCCUGGAGAACCAGGACUACGUGGUAUACCAGGAAGCAUGGGGAACAUGGGCAUGCCAGGUUCUAAAGGAAAAAGGGGAACUUUGGGAUUCCCAGGUCGAGGAGGAAGACCAGGCCUCCCAGGUAUUCACGGUCUCCAGGGAGAUAAGGGAGAGCCAGGUUAUUCAGAAGGUACAAGGCCAGGACGACCGGGACCAACGGGGGAUCCAGGACUACCGGGUGAUAUGGGAAAGAAAGGAGAAAUGGGGCAACCUGGCCCACCUGGACAUUUGGGGCCUGCUGGACCUGAGGGAGCCCCUGGAAGUCCUGGAAGUCCUGGCCUCCCAGGAAAUCCAGGUCCUCAUGGUGAUUUGGGUUUUAAAGGAAUCAAAGGCUUCCUGGGCCCUCCAGGAAUCAAAGGCCCUCCAGGUCUUCCAGGAUUCCCAGGAUCUCCUGGACCAAUGGGUAUAAGAGGUGACCAAGGACGUGAUGGAAUUCCUGGUCCAGCCGGAGAAAAGGGAGAAACGGGUUUAUUGAGGGCCCCUCCAGGCCCAAGAGGGAACCCUGGUGCUCAAGGAGCUAAAGGAGACAGGGGAGCCCCAGGUUUUCCUGGCCUCCCGGGCAGAAAAGGGGCCAAGGGAGAUGCUGGGCCUCAAGGGCCCACAGGCAUAGAAGGAUUCCCAGGGCCACCAGGUCUGCCCGGUGCAAUUAUCCCCGGCCAGAAAGGAAAUCACGGUCCACGAGGCUCAAGAGGAAGCCCAGGUGAGCCUGGUGCCCCUGGACCUCCAGGGAGUCAUGUAAUAGGCAUAAAAGGAGACAAAGGGUCUAUGGGCCACCCUGGCCCGCAAGGUCCACCUGGAACUAUAGGAGACAUGGGACCACCAGGUCAUCUGGGAGCACCAGGUACUCCAGGUCUUCCAGGACUCAGAGGUGAUCCUGGAUUCCACGGGUUUCCAGGCGUGAAAGGAGAAAAGGGUAAUCCUGGAUUUCUAGGAUCCACUGGACCUCCAGGACCAAUUGGGCCAAAAGGACCACCUGGUGUAUGUGGAGACCCUGGCACACUUCAGAUUAUCUCCCUUCCAGGAAGCCCAGGGCCACCUGGCACACCUGGAGAACCAGGGAUGCAGGGAGAACCUGGGCCACCAGGGCCACCUGGAAACCUAGGACCCUGUGGGCCAAGAGGUAAGCCAGGCAAGGAUGGAAAACCAGGAACUCCUGGACCAGCUGGAGAAAAAGGCAACAAAGGUUCUAAAGGAGAGCCAGGACCACCUGGAUCAGAUGGAUUGCCAGGUUUGAAAGGAAAACGUGGAGACAGUGGAUCACCUGCAACCUGGACAACGAGAGGCUUUGUCUUCACCCGACACAGUCAAACCACAGCAAUUCCUUCAUGUCCAGAGGGGACAGUGCCACUCUACAGUGGCUUUUCUUUUCUUUUUGUACAAGGAAAUCAACGAGCCCACGGACAAGACCUUGGAACUCUUGGCAGCUGCCUGCAGCGAUUUACCACAAUGCCAUUCUUAUUCUGCAAUGUCAAUGAUGUAUGUAAUUUCGCAUCUCGAAAUGAUUAUUCAUACUGGCUGUCAACACCAGCUCUGAUGCCAAUGAACAUGGCUCCCAUUACUGGCAGGGCCAUUGAGCCUUAUAUAAGCAGAUGCACUGUUUGUGAGGGUCCUGCGAUCGCCAUAGCCGUUCACAGCCAAACCACUGACAUUCCUCCAUGUCCUCAUGGCUGGAUUUCUCUCUGGAAAGGAUUUUCAUUCAUCAUGUUCACAAGUGCAGGUUCUGAGGGCACCGGGCAAGCACUGGCCUCCCCUGGCUCCUGCCUGGAAGAAUUCCGAGCCAGCCCAUUUCUAGAAUGUCAUGGAAGAGGAACGUGCAACUACUAUUCAAAUUCCUACAGUUUCUGGCUGGCUUCAUUAAACCCAGAAAGAAUGUUCAGAAAGCCUAUUCCAUCAACUGUGAAAGCUGGGGAAUUAGAAAAAAUAAUAAGUCGCUGUCAGGUGUGCAUGAAGAAAAGACACUGAAGCUAAAAAUGACAGCAGAACUGCUAUUUUUCAUCCUAAAGAACAAAGUAAUGACAGAACGUGCUUUUAUUUAGGUAUUUUUCUUUAACCAAACAAUAUUGGUCCAUGAUGACUUAGUACAAAGUUUCAAUUUGUUUCCCCACAAAACAAAGCAGUUCUUUCAAGUCAGUUCUGUGAUCUGGUUCUCUAAUCUGUGCUGUUUCAAAGUUCUCUGUGGCAAAGCAGCAACUAUUCACAAAAUAUCACCAAAAACCUAUCCACUUACAUCCAAGACACUGUCACUACGGUGAUUGUAUGAAGUUUGAAUGCUACAAGUUAUGAAAUAUUUGGCCCGCUGGACUCCCACAUUUGUCUUCUUCCUGUCUUUAAGAUUCAGGGAGGCUAAAUCAGUGUUUGAUUGCCCCACCACCGCUUCCUGAAACUUCAGACCCUGGGUAGGGGAAGAGAAGGGGGCAUGUGGUAUCCUGGAGCAUUGUGUAUAGAACUGGACUUUCAGACCUGCUGAGGACCGUAAGGUCUGACGGAACACAGAACUGGACUGAGGUUCAUGGAUUUUCCAGGACUGUUUCAAACAUGCCCACUGCUAAGGGCAAAAGGGGGAUUCCCUAAUGGAACCAUAAUACCCUUGGAAAUACUGUAUGGUUUUGUUUUGUUGGUUUUUAAAGAUUUUUUUGUUUGUUUAUUGAAUUCAUUUCACUGUAGCUCUAAAGUCUGCUUUUAUUCAAAGCAUAUAAAACUUUCCCCCUUAGUGAAUUAGUUUUAAAAUGAUAUUGUUAUAUACAUACUAUGAAAUAUGUCUAACUUUAACUUCUCUUUUACCAGCAUACCCACACAAAUAACAAGAAUACUACUUAUGAAAUGUGCACUUUAUCCUCAUUCCAUAAAUGUUGGUGCAUACCUUAUGU